AUGUCGCAAUUUAUGAUAAUUCAUAAUAAUUUCAGGUUCGGAAGACGGCCAACAUUUCUGGUGGCGAUCAUGCUGUCGGUUUCUUUUGGGAUUCUUACCGCCCUGUCUCCUAAUAUGAUAGUAUUUAUAGUGUCUCUUGGUCUGCAGGGAUUGGUUAACGGGUGUUUAUUCCUGACUAUAUUCACAUUAGGAGUUGAAUUUGUAGGCCCAAGCAAGCGCAAUUUGGCAGGAUUUGGUGUUAUGUACUUUUUUAGCUUUGGUUACUGCUACAUCGUACUGAUUGCCUACUUCAUAAGAAAUUGGAGACACUUUGCUCUAGCGCUGUACGUGCCUGCAUACCUGUUUGGAGUGUAUUACUUCAUUCUUCCCGAAUCUUUCCGAUGGCUGCUGUCAAGGCGCCGCAUCGAAGAAGCAGAGAAAUUGAUCCGAUCAGUUUCUAUGACAAACAUCAACUCUGAGCCUGAUGAUGAGACCAUAAAGUCUGUCAUAGAGGACAAGGAUGAGGCAGUCAUCUCUGCUCGUACCUACACCCCUUUAGACCUUGUGAGAACGUGGAAACGGACCGCACUGACGGCAAACGUGUGCUUCAACUGGUUAGUAAACGGCAUGGUGUAUUACGGUUUGGCACUAAACUCCGAAGGAUUGGGAGGUGAUCUCUACCUAAACUUUACCCUGAUGGGGGCCAUUGAAAUUCCAGCCUACACUCUGGCUGUUUUCCUCAUAGACAAAAUUGGCAGAAGAAAAUCAUUGACAGGAUUUAUGGUGCUUGGAGGGGUAGCUUGCAUUGUUUCUGGUAGCCUGUCUCCAGAUUUACAUUGGUUAAUAGUAACGUUGGCAGUCCUUGGUAAGAUGGGAAUCUCCGCUUCUUUUACGAUAAUCUAUGUGGUGACAGCGGAGGUUUACCCAACUGUAAUGAGAUAG